AUGGCAAGCUUUGAAAUAAUCGAUAAGCAUUAAUGUAGAAACUUAAUAAUUCAAUUUUAUACUCUUUGUAAUGUUUUGGCCUUCAUAUUCUUUGGAUUUUUGCUAUCUCUAGAUUACUAAAAAACUUUUUUUAAUGCUAGCUAAGUCGAUAUGCAAAGAACUUGUGGUUCAUUUUAAACAGGAGAAACUCCUAUCUCAGUAUUUUAAUCAUACUUAAACUAAAGCAGUUUUAUUGCGGACUUUUAUGAGUUCAUAAACUUUAGACCUUUUCUUUGGGCAUUUUUACUAUUAUUUUUGUUUGCCUUUCUAAUUAAAAAUUCAACUCAACAAGAAUGGAAGAAUUAGUAUAAAUAAAAGUAAAAAGAGUUAGAUAUAAUUAAAAAUCACUACUAACAAUAAUUGAAUAAUAUUUAAGAGAAAAUCACCUCAGUUAGAUAAAACUUUAACAUAAACAAUAGCCCUAAAAAUUUUUAUACACCUCCAAAUAGUAAACAUACUCUACAAAGAGAUAGCUAUCAAAAUUCAACAGGUAAAAAUUCUCCUAUCAAUACGAAUACUCCACCUUAAAUCUAAAACUAAAAUGGAUCUUCCACACCUAUUUAAGGUGGGUCAGGCUAGUUAAAUAGUUAAACUUCCUUAAACAACAUGCAAAAAGAUAUAAAUAAUAUAUCUCGUCCUUCUCUAUUUCAAAGAACCCUUAAAUAAUCUGCAUCAUAUGUAGGAAUAGGAAACUUAGUUAAUCCCUUAGACUCUUUUUCAGCAGCUGUAAAUAGAUUUUCAUGA